CGAGGCCGAAGGGCCACAGUCGACUCGACGUUUUCGAGGGUUGCGCAUCGCAUGCUGCCUUCGCUCUCUCUCGUAUAGGAUUUCAUUCGACUCGCUUCAGUGAGUGCUCGCAUACACACAUACAGCUGCAGCUGCCUGCCUUCCUCUCUUUUUCUGUGCGCGUGUGUUUUCACUACGACGUCGACGGCGACGAGGACGAGGAAGAGAAGUGCGCGUUGGUCCAACAGUGUGCCGAGUGUGUAUAGCGCAUAGCGUACACACGUCGAGGAGCAUAGGAUAAUACAAUCGGAGCGAAGAUGCUGCGGAUACUGGCGCUGGUGCUGGCGGUGUGCGCGGCCUCGGCCGCGAGUUUCGACCUUGGGCCGAUCGUGAGAAUCGCCCAGUGCAGGUCCCAGUGCCUCAAGAGGCACAGCGUCGACGGCUCCUGCGAGUGGCUGAGACACGGCGAGACCGGCUGCAAUGAAUGUUGGCAGCACUGCGAGUCCCUGGAGAAACAGUGGGGCGGCGGCGGCAGCAACUGGAAGACGGCUACCACGCAGCAACAAGCGACCGGCAGCAGCCCGGCUAGCUGCGACGACUACGAGUACAAGCAGUGUCCAUCCUGCAAGACGGCCUGCGAGUACCGGAAGGGCCAAGUGGUGGAGGAGUACCUGCCGUCGAUGCUGCCGGCGCCGCAGCGCGCCCCGGUGAGGCUCGCGAAGAACGACGUGGCCGUGCUGAUGCGCAAGCUGCAUCAGCAGUGGAAGGUCUUCGACUACUACCCGGGAGUCAGGGCGCCCGCGUCUCUGCGCCAGGACGAGUGGAUCGUCGCAGUGGUCGAGGACGGCGGCGUCACCCACUUCAGCUGGGAGGAGUGGACCCCGAGGCUCGACUCGCUCAAGGAGGGCCCGCUCUUCGAAGCGACCAUCUCCUGGCGCGACGUCUCGAGCCAGCUGAAGCGGCAGCAGGUGAUCGAGCAGAAGCGCUUCAACGACCGCGUGCGCCAGUUCUUCCUCGAGAAGUACGGCGAGAAGGUGCUCGAGUGGCGCAACCAGGACGAGGAGCAGGCCAUCCCCGAGGAGGUCUUCCGGCGCUUCUUCUUCCGCAGGAAGGACCAGGAGCAGGAGCGCAGGCAGCAGCGCAUCGACGAGCACAGCGAGCCCUCGACCGUCGACUCCGAGGCGGACGAGCGCCAGCAGAGCCAGGUGGCCAAGGAGUCCUUCGUCGUCUCCUGGGAGCCCGAGACCGGCGGCCUCAUGGGCAACCAGGUCGCCGACUCCAACGUCGCCCAGAUCAGCCUGCUGCCCGGCACCAAGUACCUCGUGAGGAUCGCCUCGAACGAGGGCCCCGGCAGCUUCCCCAUCGAGGUCGACACCAGGCCCAGCACGGCCGUGCGCGUGCACAGGAUAAAAAAAAACUUGGACAACCUCUACCCCUGGGCCUUCCUUGCUGCCAGCAUGUGCGCGGCCAUCAUUCUCUGCAUCAUCAUCAUUGUCAAGCUCUGCAGGCGGGGCAAGGAGAUCGAGCCCGAGGAGGAGGUCUGAUCUAAGCGCGGGAUGCCUCAGCGCUGUGCUGCAGAUGGAACGGAGAUCGUCGACCUCUGACUGAUACUCGAAGAGAAAGACCGGCGCAAAGCCGAUACCGUGUACAGGCCGCGUGCGACGCGCGCGCGUAGUUUCUAAGAUUAGGCCAGUAUUUUAAAAACCGACGACGAAGUAUGCAUACGCUGUAAAGAUGUAUUGUACAAUUUUUCAUCGCCGCCGACCAGUUUGUAUGACAUCCAUACUCGUGCGUCUCUGUAAAAAGUUGAAUUAUAUAUAUAUAUAUAUAUAUAUAUAUAUAUAUAUAUAUAUAUAUAUAUAUAUACAUAUAUAUUUUUUAUACGUCUAAAUUAUAGUGUAGCUAGCAUUAGAAGCGUUGUAUAGGACACGUGUUACAGUUUCACCAAAAUGCCAUAGCCGCGAAAGAGGCUCCGAGAGGUCGCUCGUCAUCCUCCUCCGCGCACGAUCUAGAUGUACAUAGCGCUGCGAGGAGUACCUUUUUAACGCUGUAAUGCACACACGCCUGUCUCGACUCACGAUCGAGUGUCGAAAUCCGAGCGUACCUCUGCAGGGCCGAUCGUUUCUACUUCACACACACACACAUGAACGCACACCUCCUUCACACAUGCGCAUGUGACACACACACACCCACACACGAACGCACAGGCCCACCGCAUCAGUUAUAAUAGUUUCGUAAUAAUCCAAGCAUUUUUGUAUGAUAUUUUUGUAAUUAAUAUUAUAUUGACCGUGCGACUUGCUCAAGCUGCAACGAACAGACUGUACGAGAGUUCCUAUUGGUAAGGAGAGCGCAUGCAAGACGUCGACGAUUGAUCGAUCGUCUCGCGCGCCAAACGAUUGUAUUUAUUUGUAAAUAGCGUCACACUCAACUGUAAAUAUACUUCUAGACGAAUUAAUAAAACUUAUUAUACGUGAAUAUCCGAA